ACUGUGACAAUAUGCAGGAGGUCGCAAGGUUGGUAUCAAUAACAGUGUCUGCUGACAUAAGUGAUGUACGGUGUAAUUUUCUGUUUUCGUAACAUAUGAUAAUGUGACUUGAUGGUGAAAGCUUGAAUAGUGGAACAAGUGGAGGCGGUCAUUGCUAGUCAGGGGCAUGAAAACAUAUUUCCGAGGCAACAUACUGACACAAACAUAGAGGACGCAGUGUUGUCUAAUCAGCUGUUGCUAGGAAACGGGGUAUUGGACACUUGCGCAACAAUACAGGAAAUGUUGGAAGCGGUGUUUUCUGUCUGAUCCGCCCGAGGCUAUAUAACAAGUUGUGACUGGCAGCCGUGAGGCAUACAUUAUCGUCCGUACCUACACAAGGCACACUGGCCGACUCACCGUCGUUCGUAACAUAACUUUGACUUUGAAAUAUUGCAAGUUGGAUGCUGACACUCCAGAUUCUCAAGCCAUACCAGUAGGAUUGCUGUAAGACACUGCAUUCUCGGCCCACGAAAUAUCUUGUGUGAGGAUCAAGUUGCAAGGUUUACAAAGACGUCUACGCUUUCUUCCAACAAGAGUGUCAAAAAUUGUACUACAUAGAGUUGAAGGAUUUCCAGCGUUGAGAGGAAACAUGAACCCUACAGAUUUGGAGAAAGUACGAGGUCUGUGUAGUGAGAUGUGCCCAGCUUCCUCUCAUGAUACAUAUCCGGCCUUCAGUAUAAAAGCCGAGGUAUUUUCAGAUGCAGAAGUGGAGGAGUAUCCUGUCCCACUAACAUUUGCAGGAAUAGAGGCAGAACCUGAGAUUAUUCUGAAUGAAUCUCAACAUGUACAUGAGGAGUGGCCAUAUACCUGCGAUGUAAAUAAUAAAUCUUGCAUACAGAAGUGUAAUAUGAGGACUGAUCAGCACAUAAAUGGUGCAGAACGGCCAUUUAGCUGCGUUGUGUGUACCAAGUCAUUCAGUGAGAAGAGUACUCUGAAGAAACAUCAGGUCAUACAUAGUGGGGAGAGGCCAUUUUGCUGUGACAUAUGUAACAAGUCAUUCCGUCAGAAGUCUCAUCUGAAGACACAUCAGUUCAUACAUAGUGGGGAGAGGCCAUUUUGCUGUGAU